AUGAGUCUCGGCGUCGACACUGGCAAGCGCGCUGUCACCAUUGAAACGGCGCAGUUUCCGCUCUUCUCUCCGAGUGCUGGCAGUAUCAGCAUCCUCGGGCGUCAUUUUGUCGACCAGCAUGGCCGCGUCCUUCUCCUCCAUGGCGCGAAUGUCGGGGCAGCGUCCAAGGUGCCGAAUGAGCAUGGACUUGACAAGCCUGAGGAGGCGAGCUAUGUCGGUCGUCCUUUCCCUCUCGAUGAGGCCAAGGAGCACUGGGCGAGGCUAGCGUCGUGGGGUCUGACAUUUGUCCGAAUCAUCUUCACCUGGGAUGCCGUCGAGCAUGCCGGGCCCGGGGAGUAUGACGAAGCGUACCUCGCUUAUCUGCGAGCGCUCCUCAUCUCGCUCCGCGGCACCGGCCUCGUCGCCUAUGUCAGCGUGCACCAGGACGUGUGGUCACGCUACUCUGGCGGCUCUGGUGCGCCGGCAUGGACCCUUUCCGUGGCGGGCUUUGACAUGAGCAACGGCGGUGAGAAGCUCGAGGCUAGCGGAGCGGCGUGGCUCCACGGCGUGCAAGGCGGAAGGCUGCCGGGGGAGCGCGGACUCUGGCCCACUGGGUACCAGAAGCUCGCGUGUGCCAGUAUGAACACCUUCUUCUGGGGCGGAGAGACCUUCUCACCCAGCUUCAAGGUCGGGCCGAAGGCGGUCAAUAUCCAGACGUACCUGCAGGACGCCUUCCUCGCCAUGUGGAGCAAGGUGCUCGAUGCGGUCGGUGACCUGGACACCGUGAUGGGAUUCGAGGUGCUCAACGAGCCGCAUGCGGGUUACAUCGGCAUCCCGACCGUUGACGAAUGGAACUACAACACUGACCUGCACCUCGGCGAGUAUCCGUCGCCACUGCAGUCCUUCUCGCUGGGUGACGGCUAUCCUACAAAGGUGCCCGUGUAUGUGCGGUCGUGGCCUCACCCGACGCGCGUGGGACGGCACACCGUGGUCAACAAGCCCGGUGUGCGGGCGUGGACGAUCCCAUGCCCGUGGGAGAAGGAGGGCGUUUGGUCCUGGUCGGCAGACCAGGGGCACGCCGUGGCCCUUCAGCAGGACUACUUCACCAAGAACGCCAAAGGCGAGCCUGUGUCGUUCUACAAGGACUUCUAUUACCCCUUCGUCCGGCGAUGGGACAAGCUCGUCGCUUCCAAGGCGCCGAAGAAGGCGCGACUGCUCGAGCCAGUACCGAACGAGUACGCCCCUGUCUGGCCAGAGGACGUCCGGCCGCGCAACUUUGUGUAUGCGCCUCAUUGGUACGACCUGCACGCGCUGUUCUCCAAGACCUUUGGCACGAUGACGGUCAACGUUCAGGGGCUGAGCCGGGGCAAGUUCCUCCCGCUGUGCCUGUACUUUGGGAAGAGCGUGCGACAGAACUACGCGACGCAGAUCCGCACGCUGGUUCAAGAGGCCGGCAAGCAGCUCGGCGAGGUGCCAGUUGUGUUUGGCGAGUGCGGCAUUCCCUUCGACCUUAAUGGGGAGGAGGCGUUCCGCACUGGCGACUGGAAGUGGCAGGCGCGCAUGCUCGACGCGCUGAUGUACGCACUCGAAAGUAACAACGUUCACUUCAACCUGUGGAACUACAACCCAAGCAACAGGGAUGACCUCGGCGACGAUUGGAACGCUGAGAGCUUCUCGUGGUUCAGUGAGGAAAACCGUCGACGAGCGAUCGCCGCGGCCCCGAAGGAGGAGCAGAAGGCCCUGACCGCGGACCUGGACGUCGGCGCGCGCCUCCUCGACGCCUUGGUUCGACCGUACGCCAUUGCGACAGCGGGCACUCCAAUCUCGGCGUCUUUCGAGCCGACCACGAUGCUCUUCUGCCACCGCUGGACCGACAUGCCGCAGCCUACAUCGCCCGAUGCCCCUCCCCGUGCUCGAAUCACGGAGAUCUUCCUCCCUCGCAGGCACUACAAGGAGGGACAGGUCAAGUGGUUCGGGUCGUCUGGUGCGCGUAUGCACUUUGACUGGGAGCGGGAGCGACUCUGGGUCUGGUUCGACGACACGGACGAGUUCAUCCGCCGCGGCAAGGCUGUUACGCGCCGCGUGGAUUUGUGGGUGCACGAGACGCCGGACCGCGCCAAGCCCGCCGAGGUGGUGGGUCUGUUGAUUGUGGUUGCUGGGGUUUGCUUCUUCCUCGCCAACGAGUGGAUGCGGUACACUACGGGUAAACCGUGGGUCGAGAUUGAGAUGUAG